AUGUCUUCCGUAUCUGCUCGUAAUGCGAGCCGUCCAUCGUCAUCCCCUCUGGAUAGCUUCAAAUUUGACGUGAUCGGCAAAGAUCCUGAACUCCUAACUCGUAUGAAGACAGCUUCUGCUCCUGACGUCGACUCUCGCUAUCCUUCGCCGGAGCCUUUCGAGCAAGCUAGAGCCGAUAUAACCCAUCUGGCUCGUCCCACUUUAUUUCAGCGCUUGGCACCUCUCGACCAGACAAUUAGCGUUGCUCUGACCGAGAUCGCAGAGCCGAUUCUGGAUAACGCACUUCUGGCCCAUACCACUUCACAAACCCACUCUGCCUCUCAAUUCGUACCAUCGCAUCAUCAAAAUACCGCUAUAUCCGAGCCCACUUCUCGGGUUUCUUACGAAGAUCAUCCACGAAUGCAUGGACAGGAGUUGACAGCGAUCAAGUCAGAGCAUACUGCAUCCGACGCUUCCGUAUCCGACGUUCGUAUCGCGGAUCGCUCCCACAUCUUAGACGGAAGCAUGCCACAGAUCCCACCUCUGGUCACGCCUGGUCAGAUUGACUUUGACAUGCAACACGCUCCCACCACUUCCCACCCCUCUGCUAUUCGUGGCGUUUCAAUUUCCUCAUCCUCCGCAUUUUCCGUGCCUGCCGACAAUCCAAUAUCUUCGACCAAUGCAUUCGAUCUCCUCCACCAAAGUCUUAGGCGAAGACAGGAUAGACUUCCCAUCAUUCAAGGUCGUUAUGAUGAGCGCGCCGCAGCGCUCAAUGCUUCGAUUGCUCAGACGCUCGAGUCUUUCCAGACUGCCGAUGACCAGAUCAGUGUCGUCCAGGGAGAGGUCGCUGCCAUCAAAGCGCGCAGCUUCGAGAUGCCCCGGCGCGCGCAGCUGGUCAUCUCACAGGCAGAACAACUAUUCCAAGAAGCGCUUACGAUACAGAACCAGGUUGACGCCGUUAUGAUCUCUGCGACGAAAAUGGCCGACGACGUGCGUAGGGCGAAGGCAGAAUUCACCUCAGCGAUGGAGAAAUCCACGCACAUUUCACGCUACGUGCAAAAGAUUAUCGACUGGUCGGCCGGUCUGAGUAAUAACGAGGGUCCUUUGAUCGAGGACCUGCGGGCGCAAUUCGACCGACAUGAAGAAAUCAGCACUCGACUUACCGAGCUCGAACAAAGUCAGCAGGAAGCACUUCGUCAGAGAAUAGAGGACGAGGCGGCGGCUGAAGCUGAGGAGAGACAAAGAAUCGCUAUAGCCGAGGAAAAGCUGCGGGCAGAGGCCAAAGCUGCUGCUGCGGAAGAUCAAAGAGUCGCUGAGGAACGGAGGAUAGCUGAGGAGAAACGGCGGGCAAGGCAAGCGUCGUUGGAGCGGGCAGAGAUGGAGAGGCGCGAGGCCGAAGCGCAGUUGGACCGAGAAAGGAAAGAACAGGAAGAACGGCAACGUCAAAAAGACUAUCGAGCCCGUUUGGAGGCUGUCCAGGCCAAGCAACGUCAGAUUCGCGACGACGACGCGACUCGACUUCGGGCAGAGCGGCAAGGCGGCAGGGAUGGCCGAGAGCAGGAUCCCAAAUCCAAAUUGGAGAGCAAGAAGGUUCCCGCCACAAAACUGACAUCAGAAGAGCAUGGCAGUCAGCAUACAGAGGAGUCUAGCGCCCGACCGUCAUCGGGACAGUUCAUAUCAAAUGCAUUUCCGAGCGACCAUUCAGCAUCGCGGCCUCUUGUCAUGUCAUCUCUUUCCCGCGCACCGCCUCAGCCCCUUGCCACAACGCUUGCGACGUUGCCUACACUCGUGGCGGCUCCCUUGCCUCACAUAUCUGUGCUCGGUCAAGCAUCAACACAGACAUCUUCCAGGACGACUCUUGGGAACGGCUUUGUACCGGCACAAACCGAAGCUGGACGUCUGGUCGAUGUUCACGGACCAUAUGGGUCUACUACGCUCAGAUCUGAACAACAAGUUCUCAAGAGCCAGAAAGCUCCUCGCGGUUCGGGCGAUCCUCAUAGCGUUACAAUCAAGUCUAGCGGGGACCCAUCUGUUCCGCCUGCAGAACAGACGCAAUCCGUUACUUCCGUAUCUUCGCAGGGACAGAGUGAUCCGGCACAUCAAUCCUUACAACAGAUUAAGACGAAGACGAUUCCCAUCAUCAAACAAGAGCCGUCGUCCGACCCGGUUCUUACCCAUCGGAGGCCGUCGCCGUCCACUCAGGUUUCACACUCGUCUGUUGUUCAGCAGGAUCUCUCUUCCGCUCCGUGGCCGGCUACUUCCAACGCUCUGCCCCGCACGGAAGAGCCCAGCGAUUCGUUUCCAAGGCAAGCUGUGACUUAUAACAGAGAGAAUUGUCAGGGGUUAUCGGUCAAUGCGACAUCCACGUUACCUGCGCGGCCCGUUGUUCCUCCUACAGAUGCAAGCCCGAGUCCUAUUGAGCGUCGUGUUCAUCAAAAUGCUCCCUCUAUGCCAAAGACCCUUGUGGCUCGUGACGAUCGCGUUGUCGGCGAUGGUGGAUGGGGUGGAUUCCAAACCAACAAUGAUUCAACCGCUGGACAGACAUAUCUCCCUCCGGUUGCACCAUUGUCCCCUUCGUCUGACGACGCACAUCUAUCGUCAGCAUCCCGAAAUCGUUCACGGCCGGACGAUCGCAACACAGGUCGGCGUACUUCUGAUUCUCGGUCCCCUCCGAUGGCUCGUCCUCUACCUGCUCGGCACUCCCCAGUGCAAGAGGCGAGAAACCAAGCUCGUUGGCGCGCGAACCAUUAUUCUCCGCCCAGCUCUCCGCCUCCUCCGUCCAAUCCGCGCAAACGAUCGCGCCCGCCUCAUCCCGAGGACGAUGAUUUCGAGCCCCAAUCUCGCAAUCGCUCAUGGAUGCCUUCACAAUAUGAUCGUCGACCCAUGUAUGAUGAUAGAGACUCAAGAUUCGUGACUAGGUCUGACCCCAGACGCUAUCAACGGGCUUCGCCGCCAUCGCCAAGACAGGUCAUGGAAAAUAAUUACCGGCCUGCCCGGGACGGAUGGGAAGAAAGGCGUUUUCCUGAGAACCAUGAGCCCACCCGCCACGAAGCCUAUACUCAAGCGCAUGAUGCUCAUCGUUCGCCUGAGUACCGUGGACAAAGGGGUCUGCGCUUGGACUCUAGACUUGGAACAGUCCCACUUUCCUCCAUACUAGCGGAGCCUGGCCAUGAACACUCCAAUACCAUGCCAGCCUCCAAUGAGUUAUCUGGAUCGUUGCUUGACCGCAUCGGUGACACGCCCGAGCCAUUGGACGCACAGUCUGCCUCCUACGAUUAUCCCCAUUCUCGGAAUCCCAGCAGGGGAACUCAAGGACGUCGGCUUCCUACCAGCCGAGGUAGGGGUGGAAAGGUCGCAAGGGGCCGUCUUUUAGGCAGUCAAGUGACACCUCAAGAGAGAAGGUCUUUCGCGACUCGCCUUCCGGGGUCGUUACACGAUCGGAUUCAGUAG